CAGGUUCUAGUGAAAGUCGUUAGUUUUAUUUCGUUUUUUAGUGCGUGAAGACUGAAGUGUUGUUCUGUAUGGAAACAAGAAGCCCGUCUGCACUUGUUGGUCGUUCUUUUUAGUCCUGCAAGAAGCGAUUGUGCCUCCAUUCGAGUCCGACGACUCGACUGUGAGCAUUUACUACACUCUCUCUGUAUCCAAGCAACAGAGUUUUGCCAACUCAGAAGAUAGUUUUUUUUUGGAAACUGAGAGUGGAAGGUAACGUGAGCACUGACUGAACUGUGAACAUGGACGACAUUAGACCUGGACCAAAGUACUUCUUCGACCAGCCUUCAACAGGACUACGCUAUAAGGACACGAAAAAUUCAACGGACCGUCUUCCACUUAAUUUGAGGUACUUAAGGUCCAUUUCCGAGGACGAAAGUACAGAUGAGGAGGAGGAUGAAGAGGUUGAUGAGGUUGAGGGGGAAGAAGAAUUGAAAACAGGGGUCAAAUCAUGUCCUGCUACAACAUGUGCUUAUAAUGACCAGGCUAUUAUGGACAAAAAUGUUAUUAUUGCUGAGCAGAGGAAGUCGCACAGCGAAGAGAAGAAGGCGACGAGCCGCGCGGAGGAGCACGAACUCACAGCCCCGCUCCUUCUCCACGAGUUGGGGCAGAUGCUGGAGCAGUGCGCGCGCCGAGGGGCGAGUGUCCUCUCUCGCGGGCUGCGGAACGUGCUGAGCCACGACUGGCGCGAGCUGACGGGGAGCGCGCGGCGCGCCGAAGACCCACGGUGGAGCGCGGCGCGUGAGGGCGAUUCGCUUCCCGCCGCCGGCAGCUCGCGCCGGCAGUUUGAAGACGAAGCUCCUCGAGAGAAAUGUUCUCGCGGCAGGACGGUUCGAAAGAAGCCGAAAGUGAAUAAAAUCCGAGUGGACAAGACCCCCGCGGACACCCCCAGAUUGAAAGACAAACAAACAACCUCCAGCGGACAAACUUCUCAUCUAUCCCAGUCACCUAGGACUGUAAGCUUUUCAAUAUCUUCAGAGACCUGUGACAGACAAGGCUGGAUAAUUCAGCCCAAGGACGCAGCGCUCGAUGACCCUCGAUGGCAGGAUGUGUGUCGGCAGGUUGUGAACAGGCUACAGCUGGCAAGAACAGCCAUAAAAGAGCAAACUGCACAGCUUAAAGAACAAGGAUUCACCAAGGCAGUUUUCUUGCAUCACUAUGGAGACAACACAGAUGUGACUGUCAAGCAGCAGUGGAUGGGAACUAAGAGCCACCCAUUUGUCCUACAAUGUGGCCACCCUCCAGUUUCUAAAAUGAUGCGGAAGGACUCUUCACUGCAGAAACUGCACUACAGAAUCAACGAUGGAACCUCAUUCAUUUACUAUCCUUCAGGCCGCAUUGCUGUGUGCCAGAGCCAUUCUGGUUUGCCCCAAGGUGGCUUCUACACUAAUGUGUUUGCAGAUGAUCCUGACCUGCCCAUCCUUGCCACCUUCACUCCUUUUGGGCAUGGUUCUAUCACCCACACACUCAGUGGCACUCUGAUGGUGGUGUGGGAUCAGCAUGGAGGGAUGAUGUGUGACCCCAAUGGGACCAAGACAAGUGAAUGGACCUGGGCAUAUAGAACCAAACCCAUCUUUAUACAGCUGACUGAACUGAUGUCAGUUCGAGUGUUGAACUCCGCAUCAGCCACCCUCUGGUUUAAAGGUCUCCAGAAGAGCAUCCAGCUGCCUGUCAUUUCUCUUCCAAAGGUGUCCAGGGAGGUGAAGCUACUUGACAUGGACUCUAAUCAAAGAACACAGUGCAGUGACCAGGAGCUCCGUGGACUUCAGAAGAGAAUCCGCAGUACUGUGAACAGCUGGCUGGAGUACUACCGUGUGGCCACUGGUAUCUGCUGCCAUGAAGCACAGAGGAUGCCCUGCUACCAUCAGCAGACCGUGUUGAACUGGCAGGUUCAGACAGAUGCCCGGCCCGCCCUCUCCACUGUUGGAACUCAGAAGCUAUGCUCAAGGCAGCCACCAAGGGGCAGCACUGAGCAGCAAACGAUCACCGUUUCUCCACCAGCAGGCGUUCCACAGCUGGACUCACAAAGCUAUAGUGAGGCAUCACGGGUUAAAAGCUCAGGGAAACUGAAAAAGGAAGAUCUGCAAUAUGUCACCAUGACUGGGCUUCUUAGAGUGUACAGCAACAUAAAGCUGGAUCCAGUACUGAUCCCCAAAAGAUCAGAAACUUCACACCCAGCCCCAGUUUCCAUCACCGCCCCCACCAGCCUGCCCAUCCCUUGCCCCUCCCUGCUGCGGGACACUUUGCUUGGGAACAGGCGCCGUGGACUCUGCUGCUGCAGUGCCCACCACAUGCCUCUGCUGACAGAUCUGGAGUAUGAUGCCUUCAUGUUGAGUCAGGCAUCACGUUCCAAGCAGGUCCUGGUGGUGUGUGUGACCCCGUUCAUCAUGGAGAAUGUCCUAGAGGAGCUCUAUGAGAGGACAAAUAGAAACAGGAGUAAACCCUGUACGCAGUGCCACAUGGAUUCCUUCCGCCUGGUUAGGUAUGAGGGCUCCCACAAUACUCUGCUUCAUCAGAGGCACAAUGUGGUUCCAGGGAUGUUCCUGAUGUACCUGGAAGGGAAGCUGCUGUUUGCUGAUUACAUCUUCAAAGGGCAAGGCUCCUCUGCAAAGGAGCUCCAAAAGCAGAUAGUAAAAACACGAAGGGCCUAUCGCCAGGGCCACUGCUUGCCAUCACACUUCAGCUUUAGUUCACCACCUGAUCAACAAUCAGCAGUGUCAUUCAUGCUAAAGAGAGACUGUCUGGUGCAAAGGAAGAAACCUUUGUCCCCAGUUACUUUGUCUACUGAGAAGAGACUGCAUCGGAUAGAAACCCACACUCCUACUCCAGGAUUCAACCCCACACUCUGAUUACUGUACUCAGGCACAGGGCCU